AUGGAUGAACUCGUGCAUGACUUGGCCUCAGCUUUAGAGCAGACUUCAGAGCAAAACAAGCUGGAUGAGCUAUGGGAAGAGAUGGCGCUAAGCCCGCGGCAGCAGCGGCGUCAGCUUCGCAAGAGAAGGGGUCGUAAGCGACGCUCAGACUUCACGCAUCAGGCAGAGCAUGCCUGCUGCUACAGCGAGGCCUCGGAGUCAAGCCUGGACGAAGCUGUCAAGGAUUGCCGUGAGGUGCUGACAGCCAAUUUCAGUGACUCUGAUGACAUGGCAGUGGUCAAACGACACCCAGCUCUCGGUGCCACCCUGAGGAGUAAGCAGCACUCGUGGCAUGAGUCAGACUCCUUUACAGAGAACGCUCCCUGUCGACCUCUCAGGCGCCGACGGAAAGUCAAACGCAUGACAUCAGAGGUGGCUGCCAGUCUCCAGCAAAAGCUCAGGGUGUCGGAGUGGAACUACGAGAGGGGCUGCAGGUUCAAGUCAGCCAAGAAACAGCGUCUUUCACGCUGGAAAGAAAAUGCCCCUUGGACAUCAUCCAGUCAUGGCCUUUGUGAAUCGGGAGAGAACAGACCCUUCCUCAGCAAAGGGGGAAGGAAGGAGCGGAUGGAGUGUGAAGCUGAUGAACAGAAACAGGGCUCAGAUGAAAACAUGUCGGAAUGUGAAACCAGCAGCGUGUGCAGCAGCAGUGAUACCGGCCUGUUUACCAAUGAUGAGGGCCGCCAAGGAGAUGACGAGCAAAGCGAUUGGUUUUAUGAGGGAGAAUGUGUUCCAGGAUUCACUGUCCCCAACCUUCUUCCCAAGUGGGGAGCUGACCACCGACCUGAAGUGGAGCGGAUUGACUCGGGCCUGGACAAGCUCUCGGAUUCCACGUUCCUUUUGCCCUCGCGGCCAGCUCAGAGAGGAUUUCAUGCUCGCCUGAAUCGCCUUCCAGGAGCUGCUGCCCGUUGUCUCCGAAAAGGUCGGAGGAGGCUUGUUGGCAAGGAGACCUCCAUGAGCACUCUGGGCACCGAGAGGCUAGGUCAUGUUGUUAGUGAUCCGCGCCAGAAAGAAAAGAACAAAGUGUCGGCUUCUGAUUUCCCACACACUGUGGCCUGUGCACAUGAGUUCAAUCCAUUAUCUCCUCUGUACUCUCUGGAUGUGCUUGCUGAUGCUUCCCACCGAAGAUGCUCACCAGCACACUGCACUGCCAGGCAAGCAAAUCUGCACCUGGGACCACCGUGUUCACGGGACAUCAAGAGGAAACGAAAGCCAGCUGCAGCCUCCAUGUCCAGCCCAACAUCAGCAACUUUAUCUGUCCACAUGGAUGCAGCAGAGUCAGAACUACCAGCAACACCAUCCCUGAGAUCCCAGAACUCUGAGUGGACAGGGAAAGCACCAGCAGCCGAGAAAGCCACUAUUGCUGCCUCCAGUAACUUUUUUAAAAUGCCACCAGAGAAGAACCCUGGAUACAGCUAA